AUGGGCUUUAAAUGUGAAAUUCUAUCCUUUAUCAUCCUGUUGUUUAUUCCAGGUUCUGUAGGUGAGCGUAUCAGUGUGUCCUGCAAGCCUCAGACUAUCUGUGCUCUGCAGGAUUCAGAGGUGAACCUGACCUGCUCUUAUUCAAACACCAACAUCAGAACUGUCUUCUGGUUCAACUCCAAACAGAAAGAUAAAUGGAAGAAUCAGGAUCAUCCAGAGGAUUUAACUUUACAUUCAGACUGCGCAGAACAAGUGACCACUAAGACCACCAGCUCCAACUCAACUCUUACAAUAAGAGACCUGAGAGAGGGAGACUCUGGAGAUUAUCAGCUCAUGAUUAUUACAGAUGAUGGAGUGAAACAUCAAAGCUCUCCUGCAGUCAGACUCACAGUUAUGGUCCUUCAGGUCAAGGAGAAUAGAGAGAAAUUGACCUGUAGAACUUCCUGCAGUUUGACUUCUGGGACUCAUUCUUACAAGUGGUACAAGAAUGGAGGAGAGGUUUUUGGAAUUGGUGGUGAUAAGGGUUCUUUGACUUUGUCCCACCUUACUGCUGGCAGUUACUCCUGCUCUGUUAGCAGCCAUACAGAAAUCCACUCCAAUGCAGUGUGUGAGUAUUAG